UUUCCGUUUAAAGCUGCGUGUGAAGGUAAUGUUUUCAUCGCUAACAUGACCUGUGUGCAGCUUACAAACAACAGACGUUAACGGACUCACAGCUAGAACUGGGAGCUCGGGACGAAGGAGGCUUACAGUAAUUGUUUAUCCGCAAUUUAGUAGUUUACGUUUGUUUGCGCAGAGUCCCGGAAGAGCAGCAUCUGUAUUGUCUUUUAAUUUUCAUUUGCACUUUAGAGUUUCCAAACAUAAGAGGAUAUAAUCAGAUGUGGAUGUGAAUUCAGCAGCAUGGAUCAGUGUGAUGAUAGAGAGGAGGGAGUCCCUCCCUCUAAAACCACUCUGUGUGGGGAACAUGAGAGCCAGACCAAAGCUCAGAGGAAUCAACAUGGACCUGAACCUGAUCCAAGCUGUGUGUCAUUAAAGAGCGACAACUCCAAGGGUUUUAUUACUGAUUUUAAAGAAGGAAGAUGUUCUGCUGUAGAGAGAUGGGACCAAGAGAGCUCAGAGACUCCCAGUAGCAAGUCUACCCAGCAGCAUCACUUGGACUCCAUAUUUUUGUUGCUGGAGGACAACAUCAUCACUUUUGUCAAGAGUGAGCUGAAGAAUAUCCAGAUGGUUCUCAAUCCAGAUUACCCAGAAUGCCUAAAGAGUCAGAGAGAGGAUGAUGAAGAGCUGGAGAGUGAGGCUAGAGAGCAGAUAAGAACCAGCAGAGAGGCAUUUAUGAAGAUCACACUGAACUUCCUGAGGAAAAUGAAGCAGGAGAAGCUGGCUGACUAUCUGCAAAACAAACAUGCUGCAGUUUGUCAACGUGCACUUAAAUUUAGCCUGAGAGAGAAGUUCCAGUGUGUGUUUGAAGGGACUCCCAAAGCAGGAAACCCAAUCCUUCUGAAUCAGAUCUACACAGAGCUCCACAUCACAGAGGGAGGGAUUACAGAGGUCAGUCGUGAACAUGAGAUCAGACAGAUUGAAACAGCAUCCAUGACACCUGACAGACCAGAAACAACAAUCAAACUAGUAGAUCUAUUUAAAGCCUCACAUGCAAGGAAACAACCAAUCAGAACAGUGCUGACAAAAGGAGUGGCUGGCAUUGGGAAAACAGUGUUAACACAGAAGUUCACUCUGGACUGGGCUGAAGACAAAGCCAACCAGGACAUCCAGUUCAUAUUUCCAUUCACUUUCAGAGAGCUGAAUGUGCUGAAUGAGAAAAAGUUCAGCUUGGUGGAACUUGUUCAUCACUUCUUUACUGAAACUAAAGAAGCAGGAAUCUGCAGCUUUGAAGAUGUCCAGGGUGUGUUCAUCUUUGAUGGUCUGGAUGAGUGUCGACUUCCUCUGGACUUCCACAACACUGAUGUCCUAAAUGACCCUCGAAAGUCCACCUCAGUGGAUGUGCUGCUUAUAAACCUCAUCAGGGGGAAGCUGCUUCCCUCUUCUCACCUCUGGAUAACCACACGACCUGCAGCAGCCAAUCAGAUUCCUCCUGAAUGUAUUGACAUAGUGACAGACAUCAGAGGAUUCACUGACACACAGAAGGAAGAGUACUUCAGGAAGAGGUUCAGAGAUGAGGAACAGGCCUCUAGGAUCAUCUUCCACAUCAAGACAUCACGAAGCCUCCACAUCAUGUGCCACAUCCCAGUCUUCUGCUGGAUCAUUGCUACAGUUCUGGAGGAUGUGUUGAAAACCAGAGAGAGAGGAGAGCUGCCCAAAAACCUGACUGAGAUGUACAUCCACUUCUUGGUGAUCCAGGCCAAAGUGAAGAAGGUUAAAUAUGAUGGAGGAUCUGAGACAGAUCUCCACUGGAGUCCAGAGAGCAGGAAGAUGAUUGAGUCUCUGGGAAAACUGGCUUUUGAUCAGCUGCAGAAAGGAAACCUGAUCUUCUAUGAAUCAGACCUGACAGAGUGUGACAUCGAUAUCAGAGCAGCCUCAGUGUACUCAGGAGUGUUCACACAGAUCUUUAAAGAGGAGAGAGGACUGUACCAGAAAAAAGUUUUUUGUUUCCUUCAUCUGAGUGUUCAGGAGUUUCUGGCUGCUCUUCAUGUCCAUCUGAUGUUCUUCCACUCUGGAGUCAGUCUUCUGGAAGUACAAGAAGCAACAUACAGGUUUUCUGAAACAACAAAAGAAACACGUUUCUACGAGAAUGCUGUAAAAAAGGCUUUAAAGGAUCCAUAUGGACACUGGGAUUUGUUCCUCCGCUUCCUCCUGGGUCUUUCACUGCAAACCAGUCAGACUCUCCUACAAGGCCUGCUCACACAGACAGUAAGUGUCUCACAGACCAAUCAGACAAUAGUCCAAUACAUCAAGGAGAAGCUCAGUGAGAAUCUGUCUGCAGAGAAAAGUAUUAACCUGUUCCACUGUCUGAAUGAACUGAAUGAUCGCUCUCUAGUCAAGGAGAUCCAAUGGUACCUGAGAUCAGGACGUCUCUCUGCAGAUAAACUGUCUCCUGCUCAGUGGUCAGCUCUGGUCUUCAUCUUACUCUCAUCAGAAAAAGAUUUGGAUGUGUUUGACCUGAAGAAAUACUCUGCUUCAGAGAAGGCUUUUCUGAGGCUGCUGCCAGUGAUCAAAGCCUCCAACAAAGCUCUACUGAAUCUCUGUAACCUCUCAGAGAGCAGCUGUGAAGUCUUGUCCUCAGUUCUCACCUCACAAUCCUGCAAUCUGAGAGAACUGGACCUGAGCAGCAAUGACCUGCAGGAUUCAGGAUUGAAGCUUCUAUCUACAGGACUAGAAAGUCCAUAUUGUAACCUGCAAAGUCUCAGAUUGACUUCCUGUUACUUAACAGAGAGAAGCUGCGAAGCUCUGUCCUCAGUUUUCAUCUCCCAGUCUUUUCGUCUGAGAGAGCUGGACCUCAGUAACAAUGACCUGCAAGAUUCCGGUGGAAUUCUACUGUCUGCUGGAUUGAAAAAUCCACACUGUACACUGAAAAGUCUCAGUCUUUCAGGCUGUCUUAUUGCAGAGAGAGGCUGCAUUUCUCUGGCUUCAGCUCUGAGCUCCAACCCCUCCCAUCUGAGAGAGCUUGACCUGAGCUACAAUCAUCCAGGAGAGUCAGGAAUGAAGCUGCUUUCAGCUGGACUGAAGGAUCCACUCUGGAGACUGGAAACACUCAGGGUGGAGCCUGCUGGAGUCCGAUGGUUGAGACCAGGUCUGAGGAAGUAUUCCUGUCAACUCACAAUCGACACAAACACAGUGAACAGAAACCUCAAACUUUCUGACAACAACAGGAAGGUGACACAUGUGGAGGAGGUUCAGUCAUAUCCUGAUCAUCCAGACAGAUUUGAUUACUGGCCUCAGCUGCUUUGCAGAGAUGGUCUGACUGGUCGCUGUUACUGGGAGGUCGAGUGGAAAGGACUGGCUUACAUAUCAGUGAGUUACAGAAGAAUCAAAAGGAAAGGAGAUAGUAGAGACUGUACCUUUGGAUUUAAUGAAAAGUCCUGGAGUCUGAGCUGUUGUGAUGACGGCCCUCCUUCUGUCAGUCACAAUAAGAAAGUAACAUUUAUCUCCUCCUCCUCCUCUGUCUCUAACAGAGUAGCAGUGUAUGUGGACUGUCCUGCUGGCACUCUGUCCUUCUACAGAGUCUCCUCUCACACUCUGAUCCACCUCCACACCUUCAACACCACAUUCACUGAACCUCUUUAUCCUGGGUUCAGAGUCUGGCUUUCUGGUUCCUCAGUGUGUCUGUGCUGAGUUGAGUGUAAAGAGAAACACUCUGACUGUUGAACAGAUAGUUUAGUCAGGGCUCUAGAGUGCGACCAAAUUGGUCGCAAAUGCGACCAAAUUUUUCAAUGGUGCAACUAAAAGAAAAUAGUUGGUCGCACCGGUGCGACCAAAUGUUCGGGUAACAAAAAAAGAAAUAAAAAAUCUCUGCAACUCUCCGUGUGGUCAACAACAGACACACAUUAUGCCCCUAUCGUGGACUAAACCAAUCAGAGAUAGUCAGGGGCGGGACCUCUCUGAUUGGCCGUGGUCCAGUUGAAAGUGCAGGUGGAAGAGGGAGGUGAGUAGCUUGAAUCAAGCGAUAUCGAUUCAUUAAAUCCUGAAUCGACUUUUAAAUAUAAAUGUGUUUUGCCAGAAACGCCAGAUUCUCAGAUUAAAGCUCACAAAACUAUUUCAACAACCACCAAACAGUAAAUGAGAGCAGGCACACGGAUUCCACACAAAGACGUAAACACAAAGCGGACCCGACUUUCUCUUUCUCGGCUUUCUCACCCGAUGGCACGUAGACGGACACGCUGUCGGAGCUCACCGAUUCUGAUGCGUCGGGUCCGCUCUGAGUUUACGUCUUUUUGCGCUGAUUCUGAGCUGCAGGUUUUGUCUCUCUCUCCAACCAAAAUUCACCGAGCCAGCAGCAAAAGAAGCAGCAAACUACGCUUCAUAUUUGCUCAAUGUCGUCAUGAAUUCCCUCUGAGUUUUGCUGUUUUGCUUCCACCACGAUAAAAAUCAGACUUCAUGCACAGCGCUCUCUCUCUCUCUCUCUCUCUCUCUCUCGCUGUCUCUCUCUCUCUCUCGCUGUCUCUCUCUCUCUCUCGCUGUCUCUCUCUCUCUCUCGCUGUCUCUCUGUCUCUCUCUCUGUCUCUCUCUCUCGCUCUCUCUCUCUCGCUGUCUCUCUCUCUCUGUCUCUCUCUCUCGCUGUCUCUCUCUCUCUCUCUCUGUCUCUCUCUCUCUCUCUGUCUCUCUCUCUCUCUCUCUCUGUCUCUCUCUCUGUCUCUCUCUCUCGCUGUCUCUCUCUCUCUGUCUCUCUCUCUCGCUGUCUCUCUCUGUCUCUCUCUCUGUCUCUCUGUCUCUCUCUCUCGCUGUCUCUCUCUCUCUCUCUCGCUGUCUCUCUGUCUCUCUCUCUCGCUGUCUCUCUCUCUCUCUCUCUCUCUCUCUCUCUGUCUCUCUCUCUGUCUCUCUGUCUCUGUCUCUCUCUCUCUCUCUGUCUCUCUCUCUCUCUGUCUCUGUCUCUGUCUCUCUCUGUCUCUCUCUCUGUCUCUCUCUCUCUCUCUCUCUCUCUCUCUCUCUCUCUCUCUGUCUCUCUCUCUCUGUCUCUCUCUCUGUACUUCAAGAACAGUUUCCCGUCUCAAAUCUCUGUUUUCUGCAUUAUUCAUUCGCUUAUUACCCACCCAAAGCCUAGUUUCUGCUGUUAAAUAUUGAAGAAAUUUAAACUUUUUAAAAUUAUCCAAAAUCACAGAAUAUUGCAGAAUAUUUUUAAGGUUAUCUGCUAUAAACAGCCAGACCAGAAAAAUCUCCUUCAUGUUUUUCUGUGUUUUAUUCUCAGUUACUUUCACACGAAGGCAUCUGCUGUGAUGUUCACAGUUCUGUUUCACAUGUAUCAGUACUGAUAAAUGAUCAGAAUUACAAUAUUUCUGACUGUCUGAGGCUAAAUUGAAUCGAAUCAAAUGGAAUCGAAUGGAUUAUAGAAAUCAGUGAUGAUACCCAGCCCUAGUGAGCAGCCUAGGCCCAACAGAAGUGGAUGUAGCUGUGGGUAAUAAGAAAAGAUGAAAAGAACUAUUGAUAACUUUUGUGUUAAGUUAAGGCCUGAUCCGUCUGAAAUUCAUAGCCAGCUCUGACACGGUGCCAUCAAUCUUUGAAUGCUGAAAAAGCACAGUGUAUCCAGAAAACACAUUAUAUGCUGUGAUAAAUGCACUGCCCAAGUGUCCCCUCUCCCCACUGCCUUUCAGCAGCAGGCAGCAGCAAACAGGUCGUCAGAGGAGCCAAGAUGAUGAUUAAGUUUAACAUUUUCUACAAUAUUGACAAAGCACUUUAAGCACAGAUUGUUAGUUAAUAAUUUAGAAAUGAAUAUUGUCUGUAUGGACUGCAAUUCCAUACGCCUAACUUUAAAAAGUUAGGCGCACCAAACUUUAAAAAGUUAGGCGCACUGGUGCGCCCAUGGCAAAAAGUUAGUCUAGAGCCCUGUUAGCCUAUACAUGUCUGUCUCUUUCACUCAGAAACACGUUUUCAGAAUCAGUUAUUUUGUUCCUGUACAGUUUUCUAGUUUUAUUGUUAUUUUGUUAGUAUCAGAAUUUGACCAAAUGUCAGAUUAUAGUGAGACUUUCCUGUUUCAUCAGAAGAGAAAAUUUCUCUUUACUCUGAGUUUAGAUUAUGAUCAACAUUCACUGAAGCUCCAAUGAAACCAGCAUUUUCUUUAACUCUGAAAGAAAAAUAUGAUCUCUUGAUACUCACUGCUGGUAAAAAGAUGAACAAUAUUCUCAUAUCUUAGAUGUUGUCCAAGAUAAAGACAAUGUUGGAUAACACCUCCCACCCACUCCAUGACAUGCUGGUCAGUCACAGGAGCACGUUCAGUGAAAGACUGAGAUUACCGAAAAGCACCAUUGAACGACACAGGAAAUCAUUCCUGCCUGUGGCAAUCUCUCUGUACAACUCAUCCACUUAACACACUGUUUACUGCAACAGCUACACUCUUCUUGCACAUGUUCUUUUUCAGCUAUUUAUUAAUAAGUGACUUUUAUGUAUAUAUAUGCCUGUAUAUAUUGUGCUAUUCUUAGUUAGUGUAUUGUCUGUCGUUGUUAAUGUUUGUUUAUAAUGGAGCACUGUAACGAAAAAUAAUUUCCCGUAGGGAUCAAUAAAGUAUUCUGAUUCUGAUUUUGAUAUUCAUGUCAGGCUCUCAUUUAAUAUGUAGAACGUUCCUUCAUUUACUUUCUGUGAUAUAUAACUGGUUACAUGUAUAACCCUGAUGUUAACCUUGGUCUCAUGUUGAGUAAACAUCACCUACAGACCUGUAAGUAGGAGAGCUGUUCCCAUUUUCCAUGUUUUUAUCUUGUUUGUAAGUAAGCAUUUUUUUGUGUUAAUUAAAAGAUAUUUAUAACAAUAA